AUUCGGCCCAAUUGCUCCACGAUGACGGACGUAGAGAAGAAGGUCGACAUGUCGCUCGACGAGCUGGUGGCGAUGCGCCAGAAGGAGGCCAAGAAGAAGGCGAGUCCUACACUAUCGAUACGACCCCACUCACCCGUCACCGUCCGCAGGCGAAGAAGCCCGCCAAGAAGGCGACGGCCCGCGGCGCCGCGAAGACGGCAUCCAAGAAGGGUAAGCCGACGAGAAAAGCAGUCGCCGCGGCGGCCAGCAAGAUGAACCGCCAGCAGAAGAUGAACGCUCGCAGAGGCAUCGGCGGCCCCAAGCUCUCGCAGAACGAGAUCCAGAAGCGCGCAAGCAAGGCGACGAAGAAGAAGGGUGCCAAGGUCACGCUCAAGGGCCGCGGCGCGAAGGUUAAGAAGCCGGCGUUCAAGCCUGCUGGCAAGGCCAAGGCCCCGGUGCAGCCGAAGAGCUUUACUAUCGAGCCGAACAAAGGUGAUAGACCUGUUUCUAUCAAAGACUUCGUGCUGUGAGCGGCCGCGUCGCUCGCUGCCUUCGAUUUGAACGCAGGACAUCGCGUCGAUGGCGUGGUGGGUAUCGACGCCGUAUCCGCGCAGGCCCAAGGGCACUAAGAUGCAGAUCAGCUUCAAGAAGGUCAAGCCCGCCGCGAAAGGAUCCAAAGCCAAAGCUCCGGUCAAGAAGAAGGCCGUCGCCAAGCGCAAGGCGCCCGCGAAGAAGACGGCGCCUACCCGUAAAGCGCCCGCACGCAAGGCUUCCGCCAAGAAGCCAACCGCCAAGAAGAUCCAGGUAAACGUCGGCGCCAAGAAACGGCCGCAAAGGAAGAAGAAGUAGAUGCGGUGGCGUAAGUGGCUCAGAUUUUACCCGGCGUACUCAACGUAUCAUACGAUGCUUAAGAACCGGGGAGAGAAC